CAACAAGCCACAAGUUCAUAUUUUGAACCACACAAAAGUCAAUUCGACGGCGACCGGGGUUGCGAUCGUGGUUGCGGAUCUUGUAUCAAGGUCUGACAGCAGCUACACACCCCUAUCAGAAGCUACCACAAAGCACACCUGCGACAUUUAUUGGUCCCCCUCCUCUCGACUAUUAUCCACCGCGUUUCAUGCAGCCAAGCCUUCCGCAUGCCCUGGAGAUGACCCAAGAUCAAAGGGAGUUGGAUCUCUUGUUCGAUCCAAGCUUCAUCCCAGAGUCGGCAAGACAACAGCUGGAUGCUGAUUUGACGAUACGCCCACUCGCUUCGACCGAUCACUCGCGCGGGCACUUUGACCUCUUAUCAAUAUUGACUAUAGCGCCUCCGGUCUCGCCCAUCGUCUACGCCAAAACCUUUCGGAAUCUACAAUCAUGCCCAAACACGUACUUCACAGUUGUGAUCGUCUCCAAGCAGACAGAUCAGCUCGUGGCUUGCGGUUCCAUCAUCGUUGAGCGAAAGUUCACCCGCGCAGCAGGCAUGAUUGGACAUAUCGAAGACAUUGCCGUGUCCAAGUCGAUGCAAGGGAGAAAGCUGGGCUUGAAGAUCAUCAACACGCUCGAGGGUAUCGGACGCGCCAUGGGCUGUUAUAAGAUUAUCCUGGAUUGCAACAAGGAGAACAUCCCCUUUUACGAGAAAUGCGGCUUCAAGCACAAAGAAUAUCAGAUGGUCCGAUACAUGGAGGAUCCGCCUGUUGACCAUCCACCGACCCCUUCCAAACUAUAAUCAAUGACAUGGACGUUUUCUCCCCUUCCACCUGUACUGUAGCCAUUUGAUGAUUCUCGCCAUGCAUAUAAUUAAGAG